GAAAACGCUACGAAUCGAGUCGAGUGUCAUAAUUAACGAAUAAUGUGUCGUUUUACUGUGCGAAAACAAUGAAGGUUGCGUCAUGGAGUACGAGUUUCCAAUUUCAAAGUUUAUUCGUCGAGUCGUUGAAAAAACUAGUCUGCAUGGAGUUUUUCAUCUAACCAACGCCAAAAGUGUCUUGAUAGAAAAGUUAUUUUGGGCGUCCAUCAUUCUUUCCGUGAUCGUCUCCUCCAUCUAUCUGGUGGCCCUGUUCUGGGUGCGGUACCUUACCAACCCGACCGUGAUUUCCCUCGACCGCAACUACCACGAGUGGAACGCCACAUUUCCCAGCUUGACGGUGUGCUUUCACGACCGAUUAAACCUAACUGCGCGGGAUGCUCUGACGAACCGUGUCAACCCCAAAGAUCCAGCGAAAUUCAAACGGUUUCUUGCGACGCUAGCCGAGGCGCAUCUGUUUCGCUUGGAACAGUUGAUAGAGUUUGACGAGUAUAGUGAUUUGGAUUUGAAAAGCGUUCUGAACCAAAUCUCCAACGUCGUUGACGCGGAAGUGGUGCUGGAAAAUGGCCUCAAAGCGAAGCUGCAUCGAGUUAUUACAGAUUUGGGGAUUUGUUAUACGUUCAACUCGGCAAUUUUACAAUUUCUUUCUGUGGAGCCCCUGUCUGACGAAGAUCUUCGAUCUGGUUUGGUUGAAAUAAGCAUCAUUGAACGUGACACGGCGGCAACAUUGAGUAACUUGUCCUCGAAUGGAGAUAUCUACUACCACGGUCCGUUUGAGGCACCAACGGUUCUGAAAAAGCUACUCGUCAAAACUGCAGUGUCAUCGUUCCUGACAAUGACCUUCAAACCGGUAACGGUUACGGCAGAUUCCACCAUUGAGAAUCUUUACGUCCAGCAACGGAACUGCCGUUUCCCAAACGAGUCCAACUUGGAGUUCUUUGUUGGAUUUUACACCAACAGUUUGUGCAUGCUGGAGUGCCGGCUCAAAUUGUGCCUCGAAUUUUGCGGAUGUGUUCCCCACUUUUAUAACACGGCAGUUCGAUUACCGGUUUGCCCGUUGAAGCGGUUGAGAUGUCUCGUGGACAACAACGUAAAAAUACGCCAAAGCCUCGCCUCGUGCCGGUGCCUUAAGGAUUGCAACUCGAUCGGGUUCACGUUGCAAAAUUACGUGCUGUUCGACUGGUUCAAGGCUCCGCUCAUCAAGUGGGACAUGGAGUUCCAGAAGGUCCGGUACAGUCGGCGCAUCAUAUUCGGCUUUGCCGAUGCGAUGGUAUCAACUGGAGGAAUAUGUGGAUUGUUCUUUGGAGCAAGCUUUAUUACUGUUGUAGAGUUGUGUUACUUGUUUUUGAGGAACAUUCUAAAAUAA